CUAUCAGCAGUAGCAUGGACUAACCACCAAAACCUUGAUAAUACAAUAUUCCCAUUUCAACAACUCUUUCUCGUUCAAAAAUUUAGCUGUUUUCUAGGGCUAGAAUAAUUCAAUUCUUUUGAUUUUAGAAGUUAUUUUUCUUUUAAUCUUUCUUUCUUUCUUUUGGGGCAUGAGACUGCCCAGCGUGGACCUUUUCGAUCCUCAAACAAUAAUGGACUCGGAUUACUCUUCUGGCACUGCCGACCCAUCCGCGUCGGACCCGGAUUUCGCUUUUGCAUUCAACGAUAGUAAUUUCUCUGAUCGGGUUCUUAAAAUCGAGAUUAUACCCGAUUUGCCUGAGAACAAGUCGGACGGUGAUCCUUGUACUAGUAUUGCUGAUUGGGCCCGCAAUCGUAAGAGAAGAAGAGAGGAUAUUAAGAAAGAAAGCGCUGCGGCAGAGGUUAUUGGGCAAAGUGAAGAGCAGAUAAUAAGUUGUAACAUGCCAGACACAGAUGAUGCUGUGGUUUAUGAAAAUCAAGAUGAAGAACCAAUGGCUAUGAUUGAGGAGCCUCCUACAGAUAAUCAGAAUCAGCUUGAUGAUGACAUCCCUAAUAAUAUUAACGAGUCAUCAUGGAACAUGGACUGUUCAAGUGUUCUUAAAGUUAAGACUCUACAUAUUAGUUCUCCGAUAUUAGCAGCCAAGAGCCCCUUUUUUUACAAGUUGUUUUCAAAUGGGAUGAGAGAGUCGGAGCAGCGACAUGUGACUCUACGGAUACAUGCCUCAGAAGAAGCAGCAUUAAUGGACCUCCUUAAUUUUAUGUAUAGUAAUAGCCUAUCAACUACCACUCCUACUGCUUUAUUGGAUGUUCUGAUGGCCGCCGACAAAUUUGAGGUAGCUUCAUGCAUGAGAUAUUGCAGCAGGAUGCUGCGAAAUUUGCCAAUGACUUGUGACUCCGCCUUGCUCUACUUGGACCUGCCUUCUACUGUUUUAAUGGCUGACGCAGUACAGCCAUUGACAGAUGCUGCAAAACAGUAUCUUGCUGCACGGUACAAGGACAUAAAUAAGUUCCAAGAAGAGGUUCUUAACUUGCCCUUGGCUGGUAUUGAGGCAAUAUUAUCCAGUGAUGAUCUACAGGUAGCUUCAGAGGAUGCUGUUUAUGAUUUUGUGCUCAAGUGGGCACGUAUUCAUUAUCCAAAAUUGGAGGAACGGCAAGAAGUCCUUGCCUCACGGCUCGGUAGAUUAAUACGUUUCCCAUUUAUGACGUGUCGAAAAUUGAAGAAGGUUUUAAGUUGCAAUGAUUUUGAUCCUGAACUUGCAUCCAAGGUUGUGCUCGAGGCACUCUUUUACAAGGGUGAGACACCAUAUCGGCAGCGUGUUCUUGCUGCAGAGGAGGCUAAUACCACCUAUCGGCGAUUUGUGGAGCGUGCUUACAAGUAUCGGCCAGUCAAAGUGGUGGAGUUUGAACUGCCACGCCAGCAAUGUGUCGUGUACCUAGACCUGAAGCGUGAGGAAUGCACACACUUGUUUCCUGCUGGGCGGGUAUAUUCACAAGCAUUUCACUUGGGUGGGCAGGGAUUUUUCUUGUCAGCUCAUUGCAACAUGGACCAACAGAGCUCAUUUCACUGCUUUGGGCUAUUUUUGGGGAUGCAAGAGAAGGGGUCAGUGACCUUCGCUGUUGACUAUGAAUUUGCAGCUAGAUCAAAGCCAACUGAGGAGUAUGUGAGCAAGUACAAAGGGAAUUACACAUUCACUGGAGGCAAGGCUGUUGGAUAUAGGAACCUGUUUGGUAUACCCUGGACAGCGUUUAUGGCAGAUGACAGCCUCUAUUUCAUCAAUGGCAUCCUCCAUCUCAGGGCAGAGCUUACCAUAAGACAAUGAAUCUUUGUCUUCAUGAUGGUCUUUUUCCUUUUCGCCUCUUGAGGGUAUUCUUAUAUAUAAAACUGCCCUAGGACAUUGUAGGUACCUGAACUGGUGUUAUGUAUUGAAAGGACUGCCAGAGGUGCUCCUUCUGAUCUGUCUAGAUAAAACUGGAACGUGGUAAAGAUAUACAUGAUUUUCAUAUCAAAGUAAUUUAGAAUCUUUUUUAAA